CAAAAAAGUGUAGUAUUAUAAAGUCAAUUUAAAAAUUGAAAUCUUUUAAUGAAUAAUCAUUUAUUGUCAAUUUCAGUAGUUUUUUGAUUUGUAAUUUUAAGAGACGUCGUAGUGAUAAUCGGCUUGGAUAAACUAGAAAAAAAGCUCAUAUUGUUUAUAUAAAAAGAAAAAAGAUCCAGAAUAUAUAACAAGUUAAAGAAGAAAUUAAGACAAAAACUAUUACAAGAAGAGUAACAGAAGUAUUCAUGAGAACUUAUAAACGAAAACCAGUUUUUGGAAUCAGCAGUGCUUGUAAAGAUCAAUUUGGAAACAUUUGACACCAGCGGUUCAAAAAACCGAGAUUUUAAGGGAAUACCAUGUAAACUUUUAUCUGCUUCUGAGUGUUGGUUUAAAUUUGAGAUCUGCUACGGCUCAAGUUCAAUUCAAUGUUUUUUUACACAUACCUUUACUCAAGAUAAAAAUACAAGAAUUACGAGGUUUCCACUAAAUUUAUCAAAUAAUAUGACUAACCCUUUGAUAUUGAAAUCGUCAUCACACAAGGUAAAUUUUAAUUUAAGUGUCACAGUUUACACUAAAUCUCACAAAAAUGACAAGAAUAUCAAUUUGUUCAAUCGGUUGUCAAAACAAUUUUCCCUUGAUGCAAUUGGCGUAAAAAAACAUGUUAUUUUAGGUGGAAUAAAUCCAUUGAAAUCAAGUGAAAUAUUAUUUACAACAAGUUUGGAUUGCGAUGAGAAUUUUAAACCUCCUAAUUGUGUUGAAAAGGUAUGCAUUGAACAUGAUGACGAUAUAAACGGACACUACACAUGUGAAAAAAAUGGAAUUAUAACAUGCAGAGACGGAUGGACUGACCCAUCGAAGAAAUGCUUAAUUUCAACACUACAACCUUUGGGCUGCUUUCAUGACUUUGGACCAAUCUCUGGAAAACGACCUUUCCCAAUAUUUGUUAAUUAUCGCUCAUUAAUUGACUGGAAUAAUAAAAAAGUUAGCUUUGAAAAUAUAACUAUGAAAUGUUCCUCUUAUGCUAAAGAAAACGGGUUUCAAUAUUUUGGUAUUGAAUUUUGGGGUGAGUGUUGGACUGGUGCAACACCCGAUAUAAACUAUGCUCGAGACGGAGAAUCUACUUUAUGUUGGCCUACUCCAGAUGAAAAUUUGGGUCCAAUGCUUGUUGGACAAGACUCAACCAUUAUGGUGUAUAAAAGAAAUGAAUAGAGAAGCUAAAGAACUUUUCGAACUUUUUUUAUUCAGUUUUUUUAUUACGUUCAUAUUGUUCAUAAUACAUAUGUAUACGUUAUUAUGUUUAUAAUACAUAUGCACAUUUGUCACACA